AUGUCUGUUGAUCCAAUGACAUAUGAGACCCAGUUCUUUGGCUUUACACCACAGACUUGCAUGCUUAGAGUCUACAUUGCAUUUCAAGACUACCUGUUUGAAGUGAUGCAGGCUGUUGAACAGGUUAUUGUGAAGAAGCUGGAUGGCAUCUCAAACUGUGAUAUCAGCCCCGUCCAAAUUCGUAAAUGCACAGAGAAGUUUCUUAGCUUCAUGAAAGGACGUUUUGAUCAUCUUUUUAGCAAAAUGGAACAGCUGUUUCUACAACUGAUUUUGCAUAUUCCUCCCAACAUUUUGCUUCCGGAAGAUAAAUCUCAGGAGAUGCAUCAUUAUAGUGAAGAAGAAUUCCAACUUCUUCAAAAGGAAAUUGAACAGUUACAGAAGAAAUAUAAGACUGAAUUAUGUGCUAAACAGGCCCUUCUUGCAGAAUUAGAAGAGCAAAAAAUUGUUCAGGCCAAACUCAGACAGACAUUGACUUUGUUUGAUGAGCUUUUAAAUGUUGGCAGAGAGCAUGGGACUAGUGACUUUAGGGAGAGUUUGGUAUCCCUGGUCCAGAACUCCAGGAAACUGCAAAGCAUUAGAGACAAUAUAGAAAAGGAAAGUGAAAGGAUGAAAACAUCUUAAAUUUCUAAAUGGUAAAAAGAAACUG